UAGCGACUGUGUGUGUGUGUGUGUGUGUGUGUGUCCUGCGCUCUGAUUGGCUGGCAGGGUUGUGGGCGGUCAGGGCGAGCCUCUCACAGCCUCCCUCUCUCUCGCAGCCUCAGAUCGGCACAGAGAGACGAGAGGUGCAGCUCUUCCUCACUGCUCUCUCCAUCAUCCCUCCAUCUUCCUCCUCCUCUUCCUCCUCCUCUACCUCCGUCCGCAGCCAAACUCUCUCUCUCUCUCUCUCUCUUUGCCACCUCUGCUUCUUCUUCUCUCUCUGCCUCCUCUUCUUCAUCCCUCCAACACACUCAGACGGCUCUGAGUCUUGGGCUUCAUCACCAUCAUCAUCAUCCUCGGAGGAAGACGACAGGGAGCUCCCUGACCCCUCGCCCCACAGGGUCACCAUGGCAACGGUCAUCUGCACUCGUUUUACUGAAGAGUAUCAGCUGUAUGAGGAGCUGGGCAAGGGAGCGUUCUCAGUUGUGCGGCGCUGCGUGAAGGUCCUGUCGGGUCAGGAGUACGCCGCCAAGAUCAUCAACACCAAGAAGCUGUCUGCCAGAGAUCAUCAGAAGUUGGACCGUGAAGCUCGAAUCUGUCGACUACUGAAACACCCCAACAUCGUUCGUCUGCACGACAGCAUCUCGGAGGAGGGGCAUCAUUACCUCAUCUUUGACCUUGUGACAGGUGGAGAGCUGUUUGAAGACAUCGUAGCGAGAGAAUAUUACAGUGAAGCUGAUGCCAGUCACUGUAUCCAGCAGAUUUUGGAGGCGGUGCUACAUUGUCAUCAGAUGGGCGUGGUCCACAGAGACCUAAAGCCUGAGAACCUCCUCCUGGCCUCCAAGUCCAAAGGAGCGGCGGUGAAACUCGCCGACUUUGGCCUCGCCAUUGAGGUGGAAGGAGACCAGCAGGCAUGGUUCGGCUUUGCGGGGACUCCAGGUUAUCUGUCUCCAGAGGUCCUCAGGAAGGACCCAUACGGGAAAGCAGUCGACCUCUGGGCCUGUGGUGUGAUUCUCUACAUCCUAUUGGUCGGUUAUCCUCCAUUCUGGGAUGAAGAUCAGCAUCGUCUGUACCAGCAGAUCAAAGCUGGCGCCUAUGAUUUUCCUUCCCCGGAGUGGGACACGGUGACUCCUGAAGCCAAAGAUCUCAUCAAUAAGAUGCUGACCAUCAACCCGGCCAAACGCAUCACAGCUGCCGAGGCGCUCAAACACCCCUGGAUCUCUCACCGAUCCACAGUGGCGUCCUGCAUGCACAGACAGGAAACGGUUGAGUGUCUGAAGAAGUUCAACGCCAGGAGGAAACUGAAGGCUCUGCUGCUUCUCUCUCUCUUUGUUCUCAUCCCUCGCUCAGGAGGAAAGAGCGGGAGCAACAAGAAGGCCGACGGAGUGAAGGUAACCUCAUCAUCAUCAUCAUCAUUAUUUUUCAGUGUUAUGAUGUCUGACAUAAGUAAACGAUUCUCUCCCUGCAGUAAAAUGUGCGACCCGGCUGUGACGGCGUUCGAGCCCGAGGCGUUGGGGAAUCUGGUCGAAGGCCUGGACUUCCACCGCUUUUACUUUGAAAACUUGUGGUCCAAGAACAGCAAACCGGUGCACACCACCAUCCUGAACCCCCACAUCCACCUGGUGGGCGACGAGGCCGCCUGCAUCGCAUACGUCAGGGUGACGCAGUACAUCGACUCCAACGGGACGCCUCGCACCGCCCAAUCGGAGGAGACCAGGGUGUGGCACCGCCGCGACGGGAAGUGGCAGAUCGUGCACUUCCACCGCUCAGGCUCCCCCUCCACGCUGAGCAACUAACUUCCAGAGUGAGUGGAUCUUUGAUGGGGCCACCGUCGCCGUGACAGCAGCUUGAUUGACAGCAGGCCGGGCCUCUGACACCAACCAUUCAGGAUUUUGUUUGAGGAGUUUGGAGAGGAGACGACGGGGCCAGAAAGCUUCACUCCGACAAGUGAACUGCAUUACCAACCAACCAAUCAGCUUCCUCUUCUCAGCUUGUUUGGACUUUGCUUCAGCCACGCCCCCUUGUGAUCAGCCAAUCAGAUUGUAAUAAUGUUUGGAAACCUUGUAUCUCCAGUUUGUUCGAGUUCAGGAGGUUCAAACCUUCAGAUGUUUAACAGGACCAACACCUGCGCACCACAGCUCCCCCUGUGGACAGAACACGUCACUACUGUGUGUUAGCUUCACCCAGCAUGUGGUUAGCCUAGUUUAGCACAAACACUGGAAGCAGGGGGAAACUGUUAGCAUGGCUCCACCCAAACAGCCCAGUGUCGCCUCCAUCUACAUGACGUGUUGUAGCUGAUCGAGUGUAGACGUAGAAAAAGUUUCCAGAUUUCAUUUUUGCUCCUUGUUACGUUUCUCACGGAUCUACUGACCCGUUGGCUGCACAGACUUAGCUUUCAUAGUGUUGGUUACCUUUAGAUAUUAAACAGGAAGUACGAGCCUCGCCUUUAGACGUUUGGGAGAUACAAGCUUUCCUGAAACUACAGAUAUUUACAUAAAGGAACAAAAACAUAUAUUAUAUAGAUGUAAUGUGAUAUAAUACUAUGAUCAAGAGCUGCUUUGGUCGCUACAGAUUAUUUAGAUAAAUGAACUCGUGACUGAGACUCGAGCUGAGCCACACUGACAACAGCAAACAGACCAAUUAUAUAAUAUAAACCUGGAUUAUCUGCAAAUACAGUAAAAAAUAUAUUAAUAAAAACACUUUUUUCUUCCGUUACAUCAGAAAUAAAACUCUUCUUCAUAGU